AUGAGCUAAGUUUGCCAAUAAAAUUUGAUUCACUCAAGUCAUAAUUCAAAUCGCUCUAAUCGAAAUGAACUAGGUUCUUUUUAAAGAGUUAAUUCUCCUGGACUUCCAAAUUCAUCUUUAAGAACUAGUUGUAAAGGAGAUAAGAAGAAAUUAGAAAUUGGAUUGAUUACAGAUAGAAAACUAAGUGAAAGUCCUUAAUUAAGCAAAGCCAUUUCUACUGAAAACUUUAGAAUGUUAAAAAGAAAUGAUAGCAUUGUUGAAACACCCAAACCUUAAGCUCAACCACCUUAAAUGGAAUAUCUUAUAAAAAAAAAUUUUAAGAUGAUCGAUAAACUAGAAUCAGAUGAAUUAUGCUUAAAAAUCUAUAUGUCUGAGGAAAAUUAGAAUUAAAUCAUGUUUACAGGGAUAAGUAAACAGAAGACUGCUUCUGAAUAAAAUAAAAAAGACAUUUUGUAAAAUUUAUAACAACUAUUCAAAAUUGGAAUUGAGGGAUAAAAUAAAUAUAUCAAAUUAGAAUCUUUAGAAAAGCAUUUGAAUUUAGACAAUCAAAAUUAUUAUGGAAUUAAUACUAAAACGCUUUAUAAUUCAAACAGAAGAAUAGCAACUUAAGCAAAUGAGACCAAAUCAAUAUUUGAUAGAUCAUUAUCAAUUUCAACUAUCAAAGAUUCUAAAUCUAUGACAUCUAAUAAAAUAAAAAAAGACAUUGAAAUGAUAGAAUAAGGGAUUUUGAAAUAUAAGAUGAAUGCAAAAACUAAGUAAAAGUAAAAGUAGCCUUUUGGACAACAUAAUUCUGUUGCUACAUUAAAAUCUAAAGGAUCUGUAUGUAAAAGUCCAUUAUUAAGUGCUACUUCACCUUCAAAUAAGAGCUAAAGAAAAACAGAUUAAAGAUCAGCAAAUAAAGUUAAAUUUAAUACAAAAUCUAUGCAUGUAUGA